AUGGUGAUGGACAUUCAUAUUCAUAGCAUACUAACAUACGCGACCAGCGCGACGUGGCUAUCUUAUGGCGAGAGGAAAAUAUCGUUGCCACUCGCUGUAAAUCACAACGUCGGAGCUUUUUCCGGCGAAAUCCAUCUCUCUCUGAUUAUUGUAACCCUCAAACUUAAGAGACCAGGCUACAAAUUAGUCUUAUUCAAGUGGGCAACUAAGAGAGGCAAUAAAUCUGUUUUAAACUUGUUGCUUUCACCUUCUUCUUUUCACCACAAAACCAGAGAAAGAAGCUUCUCCAUUCCCAUGGCUGUUUCUACAUCUGAAAGGUGGAUCGAUGGUCUACAAUUCUCAUCACUGUUUUGGCCCCCACCACCAGAUCCAGAACAACGAAAGGCACAAAUCACAGCAUAUGUUGAUUAUUUGGGUCAAUUCACCUCAGAGCAAUUCCCUGAAGAUAUUGCUGAGUUGGUUCGUCAUCGAUAUCCAUCUACUGAAAAACGCCUCUUUGAUGAUGUGUUAGCAAUGUUUGUACUUCAUCACCCAGAGCAUGGACAUUCUGUUAUUCAUUCUAUAAUUUCAUGCAUUAUUGAUGGCACGAUUGAGUACGAUAGAAGCACUCCCCCAUUUGCUUCUUUCAUUUCAUUAAUCUGCCCAAGUGCUGAUAAUGAGUAUUCUGAACAAUGGGCAUUAGCAUGUGGAGAGAUUUUACGAAUAUUAACACAUUACAAUCGACCAAUUUUCAAAGUUGAACACCCACAUGGGGAAACAGAUAGAAGCAGCAGUGGUAGCCAAGCAUCAACAAGUAACCCUACAGAUGUUCAAUCUUCUUCUUCUUCACCAUCUGGACAACAUGAAAGGAAACCACUAAGGCCUCUGUCUCCUUGGAUCACUGAUUUAUUGCUUGCUGCACCUUUAGGUAUCAGAAGCGACUACUUUCGUUGGUGUGGGGGUGUGAUGGGAAAAUACGCUGCAGGGGAACUGAAGCCACCUUCUGUUGUAAUGGCUUCUUCACGUGGAUCUGGAAAGCAUCCACAGUUAAUGCCAUCUACACCUAGAUGGGCUGUUGCUAAUGGAGCAGCUGCUGUUCCUGCUCUAUUACUUCCUCCUCCAACAACAGCCAUGGAUGAGCAUCUUGUUGCAGGGCUUCCUGCUUUAGAGCCUUAUGCAAGACUCUUCCAUAGGUACUAUGCUAUUGCUAGUCCAAGUGCUACUCAAAGACUUCUUCUUGGCUUAUUAGAAGCACCACCUUCAUGGGCUCCAGAUGCUCUCGAUGCUGCUGUUCAACUAGUCGAGCUUCUUAGAGCAGCUGAAGAUUAUGCAUCCGGGAUGCGGCUUCCUAGAAACUGGAUGCAUUUGCACUUCUUGCGUGCGAUUGGGACUGCAAUGUCAAUGAGAGCUGGGAUUGCAGCGGAUUCAGCAGCUGCUUUACUUUUCCGGAUACUGUCUCAACCGGCUUUGCUUUUUCCUCCUCUUAGACAAGUUGAAGGUGGUGAAGUCCAACAUGAACAGAUUAGUGGUUACAUUUCAAGCCAUAAAAAACAGAGACAAAUGCCAGUGGCUGAAGCAACGAUUGAAGCCACAGCCCAAGGGAUAGCCUCAAUGCUAUGUGCACAUGGACCCGAAGUUGAAUGGAGAAUAUGCACAAUAUGGGAAGCUGCAUACGGAUUAAUUCCUUUAAGUUCUUCGAUAAUCGAUCUUCCGGAAAUAAUCGUUGCAACACCUCUACAACCACCUAUCUUAUCAUGGAACCUCUACAUACCUCUCCUUAAAGUUCUAGAAUAUCUCCCUCGUGGAAGCCCAUCAGAAGCAUGUCUCAUGAAAAUAUUCGUUGCAACCGUCGAAGCAAUUCUCCAAAGAACAUUUCCCGCUGAGUCAGCAUCCCGACAAACAAGAAAAACACGAUUCGUUUUCGGCUCCGCCUCCAAAAAUCUAGCGGUCGCCGAGCUUCGCACGAUGGUCCACUCUCUGUUUCUAGAAUCAUGCGCCACGGUCGAGCUAUCUUCUCGAUUACUUUUUGUUGUGUUAACCGUCUGCGUUAGUCACGAAGCGCAACUUCACGUCGGAAAGAAGCAUUCCGAUUCCAGUCCGGAACCGGAACCGGAAUCGGAAUCGUCGCCUCGGAAAAGAACAAACAAACAAGGACCUGUCGCCGCGUUCGAUUCCUACGUUCUCGCUGCGGUUUGUGCUCUCGCGUGCGAGCUUCAGCUCUUUCCGUUGAUUUCACGAGCAAGUAACCGUUCGAAUCUUAAAGACGGUGAAAAACCGAGUCACAAAGUUAAAUCCAUGAACGGGAAUGGAAUCGGAAUCGGAAAUGGAUUCCAGAAUAGUAUUGAUUCUGCGGUGAGUCAUACGCGACGUAUACUUGCGAUUCUGGAGGCGCUUUUUUCUUUAAAACCGUCUUCUGUUGGGACUUCAUGGAGUUACAGUUCGAAUGAGAUAGUAGCUGCUGCUAUGGUGGCAGCUCAUAUAUCCGAGCUUUUCAGAAGGUCUAAAGCAUGCACACAUGCUCUAUCAGUUUUAAUCCGGUGCAAAUGGGAUAAACAGAUUCACUCUACAGCAUCUUCGCUUUAUAACCUAAUUGAUAUUCAUAGUAAAGCGGUUGCAUCGAUAGUGAACAAAGCAGAACCACUGGAUAUUGUACAUGUAGCUAUAAAGGAUCCUCCUCCUGUAUCAUCAUCAUCAUCAUCAUCAUCAUCAUCAUCAUGUUUUAAUGGUAAAAGACAAAGUAGUUGUAUCACACAGAUUAAUGAUCCAGUUGCAACGAGUGUGAAGAAAGCUUCUAAGUUAUGUGAGGAUGAAGGAAUAAUGAGUUUCCCAUUCAAUGCUUCAGAGUUAGCCAACUUUCUCACAAUGGAUAGACACAUUGGGUUUAAUUGUAGUGCGCGUGUUCUUUUGAGAUCGGUUUUAACAGAAAAACAAGAAUUAUGUUUUUCUGUUGUUUCGUUGUUGUGGCAUAAGAUGAUCGCGUCACCUGAAACACAACUUAAUGCAGUAAGCACAUCCGCUCAGCAAGGAUGGAGACAGGUGGUUGAUGCACUGUGCAAUGUGGUGGCAGCAUCGCCAACAACCGCUGCAACUGCUGUUGUUCUUCAGGCGGAGAGGGAAUUGCAGCCAUGGAUCGCGAAGGAUGAUGAUCUUGGUCAAAAAAUGUGGAGAAUCAAUCAACGGAUUGUGAAGCUGAUUGUGGAGUUAAUGAGAAAUCAUGAAAAUCUCGAGUCAUUAGUGAUUCUCGCCACUGCCUUAGACCUCCUCCUACGCGCCACUGAUGGCAUGCUUGUUGAUGGUGAAGCAUGCACUUUACCACAACUUGAGCUUCUGGAAGCAACAGCUAGAGCAGUUCAGCCGGUGCUGGAGUGGGGAGAAUCUGGAUUGGCAGUUGCAGAUGGCCUCUCGAAUCUUCUCAAGUGUCGAGUGCCAGCUACUGUAAGGUGUUUGUCUCACCCGAGUGCUCAUGUGCGCACCCUGAGUGUGUCGGUUCUUAGAGCUAUUUUGAAUGUUGGUUGUAUAAAAGUGAAACAAAGCGGAGAACAAGUUAAUAUAAGUAGUAGCAGACAUGUUGCGUAUGUGAGUGGUGAUGUCAUCGAUUGGGAAGCUGACCUGGCAAAGUGUUUGACGUGGGAAGCUCAUAGUCGGAUGGCGACUGGGAUGCCAAUUGAAUAUCUUGAGACUGCUUCUAAGGAAUUGGGAUGCCCGAUUUUUGUCUAAGGAUUGUUGAUGGUUGUAUGUAUAGUACCAUGUGAUGAUAUGAUAUGCCCAAACUUGAUUUAUUUUCAUAGACUUGAAAGGUGAUUGUUUAUUUAUAAAUAGAGACCAACCUCGCCUUUGGUUUUUGAGGUAUUUUGAUUUGUAAUCUGUUUUUACUUUUGACAAAUUGAUCUUGGACUUUUUGUUAUAUAGGUGAAAGUAUGAUGUUUUUAUUUCUUAUAGGAUUUGCAGAUAUGAAAGAUUUAUUGGCAAGUUAAGGGUUGGUUUCCUUUUUAACCAUUAAGAUAACCAUUAAAG